AUGGAGGAUAAGAAUCAGACAGCAGUGGCCGAAUUUCUUUUCUUGGGCCUUACAGAUCAUCUUCAUCAGAAGAUUGUCCUUUUUGUCAUGCUUCUCUUUGUUUAUCUCGUCACACUGGGGGGUAACGUGGGGAUGAUCACUCUCAUAUUUAUUGAUCCCAGACUCCACACUCCUAUGUACUUUUUCCUUAGCCACUUGUCCUUUGUAGACAUUUGCUCCUCCUCUUCCAUCGCUCCUAAGAUGCUGCGUGACAUGUUGGCAGAGAAAAAAGCCAUCUCCUUCAUGGGUUGUUCUGUUCAGAUGUGGUUCUUUGGCUUCUUUGUGGCAACUGAGUGUUUCCUCCUGGCUUUCAUGGCAUAUGAUCGGUAUAUGGCCAUCUGUAAGCCCCUGCUGUAUACACUCAUUAUGUCCCAUCGAGUCUGUGUUCAGCUGGUUAUAGGGCCCUAUACCAUGGCUCUUAUAAGCACCAUGACUCAUUCAGUUCUCACCUUUCGCCUACCCUUCUGUGGUCCAAAUGUCAUCAAUCACUUUUUCUGUGAUAUUUCCCCGCUGCUUUCCUUAGCAUGUGCCAACACCUGGAUCAAUAAGUUGGUGCUUUUUGUUGUGGCUGGAGCUAUAGGAGUACUCAUUGGCCUGAUCAUCAUGGUCUCCUGUGUCUGCAUCCUGGUGGCCAUCUUAAAGAUCCAGACUGCAGAUGGGAGGUGGAAAGCCUUCUCCACCUGCUCUUCUCACCUGACAGCCAUCUGCAUCUUGUUUGGGACUCUUUUCUUUAUCUAUGUUCAACCUAGCUCAGGCUCCUCCCUGGAUAUCAAUAAAGUGAUUUCUCUAUUUUACACUGUUAUAAUCCCCAUGUUGAGCCCCCUCAUUUACAGCUUAAGGAACAAGGAGGUGAAAGAUGCAUUCAGGAGAAAGUUUGGAAAGAAAAACUUUCUAAUAAGUAUGUAA